AUGCGUGUUUCCGCCCCUACUGUUGCCCUUGCCAUUGCGCAAACCUCUGUCGCUGCCUCUCUUCCUCAGCUCGAGGCUAGACAGUCUGCAUGCUCUGACGUGCAUAUCUUCCUCGGCAAGGGUAACAACGAACCCUACCCCGGACGUCAAGGCAAGCUCGUGAACGCCAUCUGCAACGGGCUCGAGAACUGCGAUUACGAGGACAUCCUCUUCUACAACCCCGUCGAGGCUCCUUACUGCCAGUCUAUCGAUGAGGGUGUUGCCAACGGCAUUGCUCAGCUCAACUCGUACCACGCUCGCUGCCCCGACACCAAGCUGGUUAUCAGCGGUUACUCUCAGGGUGCCCAGGUCGUCGGCGACAUCAUCGGUGGUGGAAGCGGUACUUUCUUCCAGGACUGCAUGACCACUCCCUCGCCCAACCUUGACGUCAACUCUGAUCUCGGCAAGAAGAUCGUCGCCGUCACUGUCUUCGGUAACACCAGACACACUGCCAACCAGCCCUACAACCAGUUCAGCGGUGCUCCCGACAACGGCAUCUUCCCUCGCCCUGCCUACCAGUUGGCCAACCUUGCCACCUGGACCUCCAAGUUCCACGACUACUGUGUUGCCGAGGACCCUAUCUGCGCCGGUGGUGAUGUUGUCGCUGACCACCUGAACUACUUCGACCUCUACAGCGACGUUGCCGCUGCAUGGAUCAAGAGCCAGAUCGCCUCUGCCGAUGUUGUCGUUUCCAGCACCAUCGUCUCCCCCAGCAGCACUUUCACCUCGGUUGCUACCACCGACAAGGUUGUCCCUACCACCUACGCCUACAGCAACAACACUGCCUCUGCCUCGACUGGUGUUCUCGCCAUCCCCACUGUCGCCCCCGAGUCUGUUGUCACCGUAACUGUCGACUGUGCUUCCGUUGACACCUCCGCCAUUGCCUCCUACACCUCCGUUUGGGCCGCCACUGCUCAGGUCACCCAGAGCGUUGCCGCCUCCGCCACUGCUGGCUCUGGUCCUGCCACCACCGGCUCGUCUGGCUCCAAGUCUUCCAGCGCUCCCAACGGUACCCACACUCUUAUGCCCUACACUGGUGCCGCAAGCUCCAUCUCUGGCGCCGUUUCCGGCUCUCUUGCCGUUGUCCUCUUGGGCGCUUUCGCUCUGGUUCUCUAA